UUUAGGGUUCUUGGAUGCUGGGCGAUAAUGCGGUUGAUCUCUUACUUCCUGGCGCUCGUGCUCUCCGCGUCUCUGAUCUUCCUCCUCCGCGGAUCCCCGGCAUCGCCUCGAUGCCGCCACCGCGGCGGCGGCAGCGGCAGCAAGCUCAAGCACAGCAGCGUCGUCCAGGACGAUGAUCUGGUCGCGGGACUGGGUAUUUCAGGGCGGAUCCAGUGCCGGAGUUCCUCCGGGAAGCCAGCGGCAACCUGGAUUUCAUCCAGCUGUGGUACGCAGAGCGUGGGAUUGGUUUCUUUGUUCGUCCCGCCCGAUCGACACAGUGGUGAGUGCGAUGGUUCUGUAGUUGGGGGCAGGGUUUUGCGGGGCUUGGAGAAAGGCUACUCUGUUCUUCGCGUGUUUGUGGAGUCCGCGCGGCUGGCCAUGCCCAAUUCCCAGCAGCUCGUACUGACAGAUCCGGCCGCCGCGAUUUCCACCGAAAGGCUCCCUGCUGGGAUCUCUUUCCAGCGAGUGCCUGGGAACUACUCCCGCGGCAAUCUCAUGCUCCAAAGGCUGGACUCUUACAUUGCAUUCCUGGACGAUCAGAUCAAACAGGUUGGAAAGGCCGACUCGCUCCAGCAUUUUAUAUUCGCCGACUCGGAUAUGAUCGUCGUGGGGGAUUUGGGAUGCGUGUUUCUCGAGUUUCCCAGCUUUGACGUGGCUCUUACGUUCCGGAAUAACAAAGAACAGCCCAUCAACUCGGGGAUGAUCUUCGUGAGGGGCAGCAAAGAUGGUCUGGCCAAAGGAAAGCUGCUGCUCCAGAGCGUCGUGGAUUCCUACAGGAGGGACUUCUUUCGAGCGUCUCGGAUGAUGGGUGACCAGCUCGCAUUCGCUUGGGUGGUGAGGCACUUCGCGGAUCCUCUCGAGGAUUCGUUCAAGCAGGGGAAAGUUUUCAAGAGCCAAGUUAAAGGGGUGGAGGUGCUGUUCCUACCUUGCUCGUCGUAUAACUGGACGCCUGCCGAAGGAGCUGGACAGUUCCAUGGCAUGCCUCUGGACGUCAAAGCUAUUCACUUCAAAGGCUCCAGGAAAAGGCUGAUGCUCGAAGCUUGGGAUUCUCACAAACAUCAGGUAGCAGCAACCAAAGACUUGCUGCCGCUACAAUGCUUCGUUCUAAAGAGUGGACGCUCAAAGUACGAUUUUUGAUAAGGUAUGGAGGUCCGCAAACUUUUAGACGGCUGCUAUGUGUCCGACCUCGGUGGUAAGCCUCGUGUUUACAGCGCUACACUUCCUUCUGAUUUCUCCGUUGGCUCGGGUCUUCCAGGCAGCAUUUCCCAUGUUGAUCAUGGACUCCGCGAAUAAAACCUUGAACAGGUUGGGAUCCUGAGCUAGAUUCCUCACGAGGCCGGAUGUCUCAGAGCUCUCAACAAGGACGUGGUCGGAGUUCAGUACACCAUUGUUCGCGACCAGGGCCACUGUCGGGCAUGGGUCUGCUCCCUGUGGAGUGCAAAUCCGUCGGAGCGCAGCAGCGUACUCGGCAUUCAGCCUGGGAUCCGGCAGUCCACCAGUGAAGUUGUAGAGACGGUUCUCGAAGAAGCGGCACUUUGUUCGACCGAUAGUGUGGCCACCUAGAGAUUAAAGCUUGGGUCAGGAAACAGGCAAAUAGGGGCUUGGAAGAACAACUUACCGGAAAGAAGGACGAGGUCCUGAGUAGACAAUCCAACGUUUGCGAAUUUUCGCUUCAGCUGGUCGAUGUUUUCGAAUGGGCUAGCCAGUCUCUCAUUGGCGAGCGUCCUGUUGGAAACUCUUCCAUCGUACCUUCCGGUUGGAACCUGAUAGAACAAUCCUCCGAGCUGACAAAGAAGACCAGGGGUCAAGCCAAGCCAGGAACACUACACCACUCUGGAGGAAAAGCUUUCUUACAAUGACGGACGAAUCUCUGGCUGCUACGGCGAUGAUAUCAGCGCAGCUCACAACUCCCGGACACACGGCCUCGAUCCUCGUCUUGGCCUCGUCGAUGAUUUCGAAUCCACGAACGGAGUUAUUGUUCCCGUCAGCGAAUCUCUCGACGUCUGUCCCGUCAGUGGGAGUGGAUUCGAGCAUCACUGAAGCAUCGCAUCCCUGGAAGACGAAAGUUAUGGAUCAAAGAAACGGCGAGAAAAAGAGCCAAGUAUGGAUCAGUGAAGAGAACUUACUUCGACAAAGCAAUCGUGGAAGUGUAAGCGCAGGAGGCCCGCUGGAGAGGUCGGGUCCUUGAGGAAGUUUUGGAAGACGGUGUCGCGGAUGAUCGCCUCGGCCGGGGGGCAUUGCAAGCUGAUUUGGGCGAUGGUGGCGGUGAUCAAACCGAGCAAACAGCAUGCAAGAAGAGAGAGCCGUGCCGCCAUCGAGGUAGUGAUCUAAACUUCUGUGAGAUAUCACUCGAGCUCUUGCGAUGAUUUAUACCUGACUGGAACAAAGAAGAGAUCAAUACCCAUUUUGGAGUCUUUGAGCGCU